CGCAGCGUCGUCUCAUCGCAUACUUCGGCUGUCCCACCUCGUUUUUCUUUGCGUAGUUGUCAUAGUGUAAAAAUAUGUCCGUUCUUGCCUUAUUCCUCACCCCAAAAGUUAGUUAACGGCUACAUUGUACGUUAGAGAUCAGAGACGCAGUUCCUGGCGUGAAGGUUAGUUUGUACUAGGCAGUCACUACUGAAGCAGUCCACUACAGUCAUGAUGUUCACCAGGCUGGCUGCACUGCUGUUAGUGCUGUUACACGUCACUUUGGGCAUCAGGAUAGGGGCCUUCAACAUUCGAGUCUUCGGCAGGGCCAAGAUGGGAAAGACAGAUGUCGUGACAGUUUUGUUACAGGUAGCAGAGCGCUAUGAUGUACUUCUGAUCCAGGAGAUACGGGAUGCAUCUGGCACCGCCAUCAACAACUUUCUGGAACUGUUGAAUGGGCGUCCAGGUAACAACUACAGCAUGGUCAUCAGUCAUCGUCUGGGCAGAACCACCAGUAAGGAGCAGUAUGCCUUCCUGUACAGAAAUGGCGUAGGUCUGUCCAUACCUGACACUUACACCUAUGAUGAUGGGGAGGAGUCAAAUGGUACUGAUGUCUUCGAGAGAGAACCGUACAUAGUCAAGCUCCACUCACAGAACACCGUUGUUCAGGACCUGGUCCUGAUUGCAUGUCACACCAGCCCCAGUCAGGCCAGAUAUGAAAUUGACGCCCUGAAAGAUGUUUACACUGAUGCUGUCCACCGAUGGGGCAUUGAGGAAGUACUGAUCCUAGGUGACCUGAACGCUGACUGUGAUUACGUCCCGAGGUCUGCCUGGAACGAAAUCCGACUGAGAACAGAUAGGAGGUUCAGCUGGCUGAUUGGUGACGAUGUGGACACAACUGUUACUUCAACACACUGUGCAUAUGAUCGAUUUGUAGGUUCAGGCUCAUCCCUGUUGUCAGCUGUCAUCAGUGGAACUGUGCAGGUGUACAACUUCCAGUCUCAAUAUGGCUUGACACAGAGCCAGGCAGAAGCAGUGAGUGACCACUAUCCUAUAGAACUGGAGCUGGCCACACGACAACUUGGUAAUAUUGUUACUGACAAGAGCAGAGGAGGCCAGUCUGGAGGGAGAGCAGACCUGACUAGAACAGUUGUAGGAUCCCUCCUCAUCACCACCUGGCUGUGGACCAGUCAGGUACUUUAGGAUGGCUCCAAAAUAUCUCCAAGGCAGCAGAGCAAGAGAUAAUGCAAUGUCAUGUAGUAUUCAAAAGUUUUUUAUAUAUCAAAAGCAUUUAUAUUAUUUCAACUGGAAAUGUCCAGAAUUCCUCCGCAGCUAUCUGUCAACAUGUCAUAACCAAUUUAUACAAUACAUGUAAUUGCAAUGAGAUAUAUGUUUGGUCCAUUGAUGAACCCUUUGCAGGCAGAGGGUUAAACAGCUACAUGUAUCUUGGAAAUCUUGGAUCAAUGGGGAAGUCUAUUGUAAAAUGUUGAAAUUUGCUGCAGGUCUUGUUGCUACUAAGCUUUUUGUAUAAGAAGACUACUCUCCAAGCAGAGGUUGAUGAGGAAGAUUGUGACCUUUUUAAUAUAUUCCCUUGUCAACACUAGACAAGUGUUUAUUGUUUAAUGGUAAUUGAAAGAUCUCAAUUAGUGAGUACAAUGUAUACUAACGGGGGGUGUCCUAACAUUGCACGUUUUUUCACGCACUUGAACUCACUGCACUCUAUCGCUAGUUGUCAGAGAGUGGUCAGGUUUUGAUGACUGAAUUUUUAAAACAUUUGUGCAGACAUGGAGUAGGGAACAUACUUGAAUAAGAAAUGCAUCCAUACUCUUCAUGAACUGUUCACUCUCCACAUUACAAGUGGCAAACGCUGUGAGACGUUUUUAUGAAUGUACCUUCGUGAAUGGCUAACGCUAGACAGUUUGCCCUAACUUUGCACGCUUUUGUAGUUUUGCUGUCUUCACAACUUUUAUGAAUUUAGGUAAACAGAAAUAAGAACGGGUAGACGGGCCCAGUUGACUGGGCCUAGUUGGUAAUGGUCGUUUGGCACUCCCAUAAAAACUGGCCAAGUCACAUGCACAACAAUUGUACAGGAUAAAAAGUAUGGCAUCUACUAGUACAUUAGUUGUACUACCACCAUACCCUCGCAUUUUUGGAAACACGAUCCAUGCAUGUGUCUCUUGUUACAGAAAAGAGCCAUCUGUAAAAAUUGUUCAUGGUUCUAUCACAACCUGCUUGAGCAUUUUACUGGCACAAAAUUGUGCAACAGUCUGAAUGAUGAAUGUGAGUACAAUAUUAAACAAAACAUUGUUCUUUCCACUGGUUCUUUUUGCUUUCUGCCAUUUUCUAAUACACUAAAGCAGAUCUUCCUAGCAUGUUGACCCCUGACCUACACGUGGUUUCUGAUCAGUACUGAGACUUGCAGCACCGGUCCAACAGGUGAGAACCUUGAACAGACUGGCUACGCCGCCGCACAAACAUAAUCUAUGGGUCAGCAUUGUUAGCUUUGUACUUUGGACUAACACAAACAGAAGAAGAAAAGGUUCUAUUGGCCAUGGACCAAAUUUUUAUCUGUUUGCAUUUUUUACAAGUGUCGUAGAUUAAUGUUUGAAUCACAGUUCACCUUCUUGACUUACUGACGGUUUGCCGGCCACUCACUGAGUUCACCUUCACGUCACCUUAAAUAUGUCACUGCCCAUAGUUUACAAUAGGACAGGGACUUCAGAAAAACUCAAUCAUGGUCACCAAAGUUCUAUGACAGGAAUAACAUUAUCAUAAAUUAUCUUUUCUUUGUUGAACCCCAUCCCUGUUUGUAACUGUAACAUGUCUCCACUUAUUCUAAUUUUCAGGUUCAUCGAGACUUCUUUGUUUUCAUCAGGUAUUUUUAGUCGUGACCAAUACUUCCAUAAACUCAUCAUAAGCCAAAAGCUCGCCUUUUAAUUAGCUGGCCUCUUAUUCAAACCACCAUGUGAAACAGCAUGUAGCAGUGUUCAAAUUAAUGGCGGCUGUAUUAUGCAGUCAAAAACCCUGUUAAAAUUUAAAUGGGAAGGUACCAAUGAUAAGCAGCCACAGUCUAGGACCCUGGUUCAGAUGUUAGAAGCAGUACAGAAGGGGGCAGUCGGUUUCAUUUUUGGGGAUUACAGAUAAAUGUAUAUACAUGUACAUGUAUACAACCAGCGUGUAUCACACCUUCAGUCCUCAUUAGGUUUCCCCACUCUUCUGCACAUAGAAAACAAGCAUGUCUGACACCCAUGUAUUAUCAAAGCUGUCAAUCUCAUAGUACAGUAUCCCUAUACAAACACAUCCGGGGACAUCCUCUUAGUUUCAUCACACUUACCCUGGUUACCAAGCCUAGUUUGGUUCCAGAGUUCAUGUGCAGAGAGGAUGUAGGACUCAGGAGAUAAAAUAGGUUUGGUAACCAGGCUACAUCACACUAUCCACCAAAACAGACAAAUUCAGGUCUAGCUACCUCCCGAGAACUAUUGGAGAAUGGGAUUCCAACCUAAACAAGUAGUCUCAUAGCCUCCUUCGCAGUCUUGUUGGGCGUCGCGUUAUUUUUCUCUGAGCGACGCGAGUGAUAUGCGGC